AUGCGACUGAUCCUUGUCAUCUUGGUUUUCUUCUCGGGAACGGUACUCUCGAGGUACUACGAAAAAAGACGUUUUGAUCGCUCUGUAUACGAUGACUUCGAAACACCGAACAUAAAAAAAUAUUUAAUAAAAACACAAUGGACAUUUACUGAUUACGAAACGCAUUUUAAAGCGUAUAAAGAUAAAGAAGAAUAUAAUUGUUAUAUAGAAAAACUAGGAAAUGAUGUAGCUACACGAGAUCGUUCAAAAAAUGAAAUUAUACAACAAAAACAGACGCCAAAAAUUCUUUAUGCUUCAAACGAACCUUUAACACAAUUAGAGGCAUGGCAAGUUGCAGGAGCUAGAAUAGUUGAUUUCUGUAACGAACGCAAAAUUAUUUUACUACAAAGAACUGCACCAAUACCUGAACAAAUAAUAGAUCCUUUUUUUGAGAUAUUUCCUCUUGAUGAAAAUGAUGUCGUAACAAAAAGAGUAGCUGAUGUAGUUUUAACACCUUUGAUAAGUCGAGCUAAGAGACAAAUCGUACUUGAAGAAAGACAAAAGCUUAAUAGAAACUUUGAACAAAAUCGUUUACGUCGUCAAAUACAACAGGCUCCAGGUAAAUUUCGAGGCCAAACACAGUCUCAGUAUUUAAGCAUCAGUAAUAAUGAACAAAAAGAAGGCAAAGCCGAGGCUGAAGCUACUCAACAAUCUUCCCGCGCAGUUGUUAGUGGAAACUAUGGUAUGGGUCAAGCACAAAGUAUGUCAUUAGGUGGUAUUGGGUGUGAAGAUUGUCCAAAAUAUGGUAGUGAAAACACUCCAGAUAGAUACAUUCAAGUUUCAGCAAUAAAACAACCAGGAGAUAGUACUGGUCAUUCUGAUAUGAUUGCUCCUGGAAUGAGCACAACUUAUCCCAGUAGAGUAUCAGAUAGCACAGCUAGAGAUCAUACACCUUAUCUUAGCAAUAUAUAUGGCACUAGUGAUAGUCCAGUUUAUCAUGGUGCUUUACCUAAUACUCCAAUUCGUGGUGCUACACUAUACUCUGGAAGUGUAGGUGAUACAACUGGUAAUGGUGCACCAAAUGCUGGAAGUGCAGAUGGCACACCUGACAGUGGUACAGUUUAUCCUGGAAGUAUAUCUGGUACUACAAUUAAUGGUGAUGUACCACACUCAAGAAAUGUAGGUGGUAUGACUGGUAGUAAUGCAAUUUACCCUGGAGGUAUUCCUAGUAGUAUAACUGGUGGUAGUAUAGUUUAUCCUAGUGGUGUAGUUAGAACUACAACUAAUGGGGUAAUUUAUCCUGAAACUGUACCUGGUACAGCAACUAGAGAAAAUAUACCGUACCCUGGAACUGCACCUGGUGCUUUAACUGGUGGAAAUGUACCUUAUUCUGGAACUGCACCUGCUGCUAUAACUGGAAAAAUUAUACCUUAUCCUGGAACUGUACCUAGCAGUACAACUGGUGGUGAAGUAGUUUAUCCUGGAGGUAUACCUACUGCUACAACUGGAGGAAAUAUAAUUUAUCCUGGGACUUCACCUGAUACUGCAACUAGAGGAAAUAUACUAUAUUCUGGAACUGUACCUGCUACUAUAACUAGUGGUAGAGUAGUGUAUUCUGGAGGUAUACCAAGUACUACAACUGUUGGUGGAGUAGAUUAUCCUAAAGGUGUAUCUAGUACACCACCUAGAGGAAGUGUAUCUUAUCCUGCAACUACAACUGGUACUACACCUGGUGUUGGAAUACUAUAUCCUGGAAGUGUAUCUAGAGUUGUACCUGCAACAAGAGAAAUUGCACCUUAUCCUGGAGCUGUACCUAGCCCUACAAUCGAUAGUACAUCAUACUCUGAAAGUAUAAGUGGUGCAGUUGGCAGUGGUGUAAUGUAUCCAGGAGGUAUACCUGUUACUAGAACUGAUGGUAUACCUUACCCUAGAGGUAUACCUGGUACUACGAUCAGUGAUAGCACAUCUUAUCCUGGAAGUAUACCUGUAGCUAGUGGAGGUACUGUAACUAGCAAUGGUUUAAUUUAUCCUGAUAGUACACAGAGCUCAUUACCAAAUGAUAGAGUUGGGACAUACACUGGUAGUAUUAUACCAGAAACAAGAGAAACUGCUCGUGGUCAAAUUGUAACAAAUUCAAAAGUAGUUACAGAUACCAAAGUAUAUCCUAAUGGACAGAUUCCUACUACACAAUUCUUUGGUGAAAGGCCUUAUCUUGCUAGUAGAGAAAGUGAUAUAAAAGGAGGUGUAUAUCGUAAUACUGGUUCACCAGAAACUUCAACUAGUGGUAGAACAAGUGGUAUUAUACCAGAUACCAAACGUAUUUAUAACAGUGGUAUUACAUCACCAUCAGAUCAAUUAAGAGAAACUAUACAUUAUCCAGAAGAAAUAAUAUCAAAUAGAGCAACUGAUAGAAGCAUUGUACCAGGAAUGUCUAUCACAGUUCCAAAUAGUAGUGUUACGUAUUCUAGAGGGACUGUGCCAACGACUACUGGGCACUUUGUAACAGGUGAUCAUGUAAGCUACACUAAACCAAAUGCUGGUGUUGAUGGCACUAGAGUUCAAAUGGGAUCUAACAAUAUCCAUCUUCAAAAAAUUGAAACUGGCCAACCAGGAAUUUCUUAUUCCCAUGGUACAAUGAGAUAUCCUGGAGAUAGCACAAGACAAGUUUCUGAAGUAGGAAAGUAUCCUGACAGUCAGACAGUAGUACCAACAGGUCAUCCACUACAAGGACAAUACCCUAGCUCCUCAACAUGGCAUGAUAGAGGAACUUCAACCUCACUAACUGGGAAUAGGCAAGAAGUUGAACAGUACCCAAGUCAAAAACAAGGUAUUGGACAAUAUCCUCUUGUACAAUAUCCAUCCAAUCUAGGAUUUAUAACAAAUACUGGAGAAACUCAUCAAUAUCAUCAACAACCUAAUAAUAUUUUACCUGUAGAAGAUGAUAACUCUAAUUCUCAAGCAUCUAGUUCUGUAAAACAAACAAAUUCAGGAACUCAUGCAAGUGCAUCAGCUCAAGGAAUAUUUAGGCAAGGUACAGCUCAGUCUCAAGUAACAGGUACUUAUAGUGGUUCUGGAUCAUUUUCAGCUCAAGCUGGUAGUACUGAUAUUAAUAAAAGUGCACAAACAGAAAUUAAUGGUGGUAAAGAAGGUGCUGUAAGCAAUGCUCAAGGAGUUGGUGGUUAUGGAAAAAGUCAAACACAAGUUCAAUUAAAUUCAGAAUCAGGCGCUACAGCAACAGGUGCACAAAGUAGUGGUUGGAACCAUGGUACAAAUUCUCAGGUACAAGCAAGUUCAAAAGGUGGAAUGGCAGAUGCUCAAGCUAACGGUGAAGGAAGUACUUCAAGUCAAGCUCAAAUUGGUUUUCAACCAUAUCUCAACAUGGAUGAAAAAAUUGAAAAACAUUCAAAACCAUUUCAUGGAGGUGGAACAGCUUCUGCUCAAAGUGGAGCAUAUACAGGUCAAUCACAAUCUCAACUUGAAGGAUCUUUCCAAUAUGGAAUUACUUACACUGGUGCUGCACAAGCAGGAUCAGGAUCUGGUGCAUCAGCUUCUAGAAAACCAUUUAAUUUUAAUCUUACAGAUACUGAACUAUUUAAAUCAUUUAAGCCAUCUUAUAGACCACAAAUCGUACAAAAAAAUAAUAGCGAGGUAGUAAAUACAUCUUCAGACACAGAUUACGAAUAUAAUCAAGACAAAUCUCAGCAAGGUUUACAGACUAGUUCUAGUUCCCAAAGAAGAGUUAUUACUAAGCCAACAAAUGAUAAUUCACGAAAUGUAGCUAGUAAACCAAAUCAAUCAUUAGAAAAAUCACAGGUGGAUGAUACAUUAUAUGAUUAUGAAGAAGAAUAUGAUGGUGAAGAUUAUGAUACCCCAAUUCAAACUUCAAUAAAUUCAAAAAUUUCAAAAAUUUAUACUACAGACCAAAAUAAUAGUAAUCGUCAAUCGCCAAUAAUACAUGAUGUAACUGAGAAGCAAUAUGAUAUUCAUGUAAAGCAGGAUACAAACACAGCACAAGUUGGAGAUGUGCUUCAACCUGGACAAUCAUUAUCAGGAUAUACUAUACCACCUGGUUUUCGUGGUAGAGUAACAGCUAUAGCUGGUGAUGAAACCAUUGUUCAUGGCAAUGGAAAAUCUAAAUCUCAAACAGUUUCUUUAAUUCCGAAAGAAUCAGGUAUGAUUUAUGAAAAUAAAUCACCCAUCUCAGAAAUCAGAUCUCUUAAAACUAAUCAUGAAAGAUUAAUGGAAGGUCUUGUUUCAUCUAAAGAAAAACAAAACAAAAAUUUGCCACUAAUUCAAAACCAAACUUCUAUGGAAUAUUCAAAACCUUCUUCUAAUAUAUCAAUGAAACCAAGUUAUUAUACAGUAACAAAUAGUAUCGCUGGUAAAAUGGAUGAUAGAAAUUCGCCAAGAAAAUAUGAACAUCGUUAUUAUACUAAAAGUUCAACUUGUGGAUAUUUUACAUUUUCUUGUAAUAUUGUAUAUGGUUCAAAUGGUAGAACAAAAAUCUGCAAACCAAAAGUGCCAACACAUCCUGAUGGUACACCAAUGAGAUGUUAA